UAGACAAUCCCGAAAGGAUUAUCAGAUUUGAAAUUUUCCAUCCUCGUACACCUCCAAAACCCUAGCUCCCAAAUCCUGUCUGAUUUUUGUGCUUUGACGAGGGAGUUUGACCGAACCUCCUCGGCCUCCUUCGUCGAGAACAUAGGCAGAGUCUCUUGGCUCUAUCUCGACCGAAGCGACCACCACCGACCGGACCGGUUGCUGUGAUUCCUGCGACUACCGACCUGCAUUGGCACAAGAAGGACAACGGCAGACUCCGACCUGAAAGACAAGUUUCUCAAGCUCUAAAGCUUGGAAGGAGCUCUUCUAUGGGUCCGCUUGCAGGAAUCGAAGCAGAAAUCUGUUCGUUUUUCGAUGAUCAGGAUCCGCAGCGAACUUCAUCGGACGGCUGCAAACCGGUUCCAUGGUUGAGCUGGGACGAGUGGGACUCCGUUAGGGAGUCGCUGUUUUCGUCUUCUUCUGAUAAAGUUGCUUCUGCUUUAGAAAGGGUUAUGACAUGGCGAAGUAGAGGGUCUCUUCCAGCGCCUGUUGAUGUCACAGCAUCUAUCAUUGAAAUUCGCCAGAAAGAUGGCUUUAUCACUAGGGAAAAACAACCAGCAGAUGCUUUAUAUUCAGAACAUUUACUGCAAAUGUUAUACUGCAUGGGAAUAUUAAGGCUUGUGAACUGUGUUAUAGAGAAGACCAGGAGGAGAACAGAAGUUUCAAUUGCUGAGGCAGCUAAGGCGAUUGAUAUCCCUCGUAAAUUAAUCGACCUUCGUCAUGAGGGUUCUCAUCGUGAGCUUCCUGCCCUUUCUGUACUCCGAGAUGCUUCAGAUGAGGCACUUGAAUGGUUGAAAUCUUAUUAUUGGGAGCCACAAAAGAACCAAAUUCCCUUCAAGAAAGAUGGCACUGCUAACAUCAGAAGAGAAAUCAAAUCUAAACUACGCAAACUCUCUUUGUGUGUGCAACUCAGGCAAAAUCCUCAAGUUGACUCUGCUUUGAUCAAAGAAAAGUGUUCUAAGAAAAACAUAAGGAAGAUCCUGACUGGCCUUGUCGAGUUAUACUCUUCUUUCUCCUCGGAAAUGGUAUCUGUGCUGCUUGAAUUCUUGCUCAAGGCCUUGGAUUCUUCAAAGUCAGCCGAAAUUCUAAACCAGUCUGAGCCUGGCCAAGAUUUCAGCAGUUAUCUGGAUGAAUGGAAGCCUGUAAUUAUGGAAUUCUCGAAUAGAGAACCAGAGUUACUUUUGAAUAUACUUCAGGCAAUCCUCGAUAUGAUCCAAAAUGGUGAAAGGAAAAGUUACGAAACCGAACGGGAACUUACAUCAAAGUCGAUGGAAGAUGUGUCCAAAUUUGAAAAGCUCCCAUUCUUAUGUGCAUGGCUUGUGGAUCAUCUCAAGGGGUUGAAGCACUUUCAGAAAAGCAGACCGAACCUUUUCCUAAUGGAACUCGUAAGAAAAUGCCUUCUCCUGUCAGCAUGUGGCCAUGACCAGCUAGCUAAAUCUGCCUUACAACUAGCAGAGCUUGCGGGAGGUCGUGCUUGGAAGGAGAAGCUCACGAAACUUGCGCACGUUCAUAAACCCAGGAUAAUAGAAGUUCCUCUUGAACGGUGUUCUUCUCUCGUGACAACUCAUGAGAAUACCCUCUUUCAACAAGAGAGAUCAAUCCAUGGUGCGGCCAAGAAACUGGAGUUUGUCAAGAUUCAAUUUUCGAAGAAGAAAUCUGAAACCGAUGCCAGAGUUCAAAGGACAUGGGUGAAGCCCAAGUCGUGGAAUCCUUGUCCGAUCGGUACGUUACCUCGUGUCGUUGGAUCCUCCGGUUGUUUACCUCUUCUCUGCUGCAGCAAAGCAAUGCCGGUACAAAGUGGCAGCAACAAAAGAGAAGCCGGUAUUCAGCUGUUAGAUGAUUCAACGACUAAGCGAGCGAGGAAGAGGAUGGAAGAUCAUGAAUCAAGUGGUCGGAGGUUGGAUUUGUACAAUGAAGCAGAUGAUGAAAGUGAAUCAGAAGGGGAUGCAAUGUUUAAGGAUAAAGAUAAUAAUGUACUGAUAGAAGAAGGCGGGAGCUGUCUUAUGGUCGGUGGCGAAUGGAAGAUGGUGGACACCAAACAGUUAUUGGAAAUUGCAUCUGCUGUAAAAAUUUUGGUAUAAGUUGUCUCAUUUUUUAUUUGGACAAUCAUACCCCUCAUAUCCGAGUGUAUUUACAAUUUUACCAA